AUGAAAGCAACGCACGGCAGACUCUAUCCGCGCCAUCAUACUACCAACGGCUUCCAACCCAUCGCGCCUCGUCCAAACGGGAAAGACUCUCGCGGCUCCUCGUCGGCUCGCGUGUCUCGCUCCGGGUCGUCGGCUUCGGCGUCGCACGCCCCCGUCCGCGCGGAUUCUCGUCGUGACUCUGCGUGUACAGGACAUUGGUCGGGCUCGGAGGGGUCUGGCACCGAGUCGAUUGGUAGGACGCACUCUGCUAUGAGUGUUCCCGUGCCUGGAAGUACCAGUCGUACUGGUUCUGGCGCGCUCUCGCGUUCUGCUGACAAUAUCGCGCUGGAUCCCGUGCUAUCCAGGGAUAUGUUCGAUCCCGCCUAUAAUCUCCUGCCCUCCACUUUGUCUGAAGCAACGCUGGUGCAGAAUGUGCCGCUGAUUAGUCCUCAUGAGAGCCUGAAUCCGUUCGACUUCCCGUCGGACCCAUCGUUGGCUCUUGAUGACGGAACGUUGAGAUACUUGGAGGAUAUGGAGGUUGAUAUUACGGAGGGAAUCACCGAGGAAAUUUUUCAUGUGGAGGAUUGGUCAAGGUACAUGUGGUCGGCGGAAACCGGGUUUGAGCAUUUAGACACAGGAUAUCCUCCUGUGUCUCUAUAA